UCAGGGGUUAGGAAUUUGCAUCUGAUCGGUUUUGUCAAGCAAUGAUUUGUCAACUCGCCAGUAAGCACGCCUUCGAUCAAGCCAGGAUGCAAUGUUCGUUCCAUAUCAAACCAGACAUUAAACCCGGAUUAGGUAUUCCGGAUGAAAUAAAUGUAACAUUAAUUAAUUAAUAAAUAAUUAUUAACAAUAAUAAUACAAAUAACAAUAUAAUGAUAAUAAAAAAUCAAACUUUUUUAUUUUAUUUAUAUGGAAGGUAGGGAUGUCCCUACCCGUUCCUAAGAGUUUACAAAAACAAAACGGAAGCUGAUUUAGGGGCUGAAUGAGCUGCACUGGGAGCCUGAACAAGUCCGCUUCCCACCAUUAGAAGGACGAGCGCCGAGUGUAGACAUACGGAACUGGACAGAUAAAGCACAGACCUUCAAAGGGAUACACUGAAUAAUAACCCUAACCCUAACCCUUUUAAAAGAUUGCAAAGAUUUUACAAGUGCAAAAGUACUUUGAGAACUUAACAGAACUUCAAUGAAGCUCAGAACUGCUUUCCAACAAGACUAGUUGUGGUGCAGCUUUGCAGAAAAAGCCUUUUUGAGGAUUGUAUUCCUGGGAGGGCCUUGCACGGUGAAAUUGUGCCAUUGUAUCCCCUUCCCGUGAUUCUGCUUUUGUAGCCAACACUCGCGCAAAGACACGGAACCACACGCGAGGAUGAAACUUCAAGCAGUCAUGGAGAAUCUGCAGAGGCAGCAGAGAGCCAAACUCCAACUGCAGUUCGAGCAACAACAGCAGCAGUUAGCCAGCCAAUCACAGGCACAGGAGUCCUCGUUGGCCAAUCCUUGCACAGGGAGAGAAGAGCCUGCAAGGGGCAGACCUGGCGAGAGCCCCGCCCCUGAGGAAGGCUCAGGAGAACAGUCUCACACUCAGAUGGCAGCUUUGGCAGCCAUGCGGGCGGCAGCCGCAGGGCUACAGAGACCUCCCGACAGCACCCUGAUGGAGGAUAGCAGUGAGGAUGAGGAGGGAGGGGAUGAGCAGUACAAAGAUAUGAUGGGCUCGGAGGAAGAAGAGCACAUAAAGAAGAAGUGGGAUGAGGAAGACUUUGAAGAGGAGAUGGAAGAAGACUAUGAUGUGUUUGGGGAGGAAGGGGUGGGGGUCAUGGGGGGGGCCUCAGUACCAGGAAAGGAGGCCCCAGUGCACCGCCAGCUCCACAGUCACCCCCAGCUGCUGAAGGCAAAGGGGGCUGGGGGGCAGGAUCUCCGAAUUCAGAGUUUACCCUCCCAGGGUUCCCUAAGUCAGACGCCAGGGCAGGACCAUGGGGACUGGACCUAUGAAGAGCAGUUCAAACAGUUAUAUGAACUGGAUGGGGACCCAAAGAGGAAGGAGUUCCUGGAUGAUUUGUUUAGUUUCAUGCAAAAGAGAGGGACGCCUGUGAAUCGCAUCCCCAUCAUGGCCAAGCAAGUCCUGGAUCUCUACAUGCUGUACAUGCUGGUGACAGAGAAGGGGGGGCUAGUGGAGGUGAUCAAUAAGAAGCUAUGGAGAGAGAUCACCAAAGGACUCAACCUGCCUACCUCAAUAACCAGUGCAGCUUUCACCCUCCGUACACAGUACAUGAAGUAUCUGUACCCUUACGAGUGUGAAAAGAGGUCACUGAGUAACCCCAGUGAGCUCCAGGCAGCGAUCGACAGCAACCGCAGGGAGGGGCGGCGCCAGGGCUUUGGGGGCACGCUCUUCACCUACUCCCCCAACGGGACCCCCACUAUGCUCUCCUCUCCCAAGCUACCCCUGCCCAGCCUGAGCAGGGCCACCAACGGAAAGCACCUCGCCCCCAUCCAGAAGAUAAAGAAAGAGGAGGAGGGGAGUGGUUCCGUGGCGGGGCCCGGCCGGCUGGCAGGGCACUCCAUGGCGGUGCAGGCAGCAGCAGCAGCCCAGGCGGCUAUGUCCGCCCAGGUGGCUGCGCUGGAGCAGCUGAGAGACCAGGUGGAGAGCGGGGAGCCCCCAGAGAAGAAGAUGGCCCUGAUGGCAGACGAGCAGCAGAGACUGAUGCAGAGAGCUCUUCAGCAGAACCUGCUUGCCAUGACAACCGCACACGUGCCAAUGAACAUCCGCAUCAACAACCAAGAGAGCAGGCAGAACUCUGCCCUGAACCUCACUACAAACGGUACAAACAGUAUUCGCAUGUCGGUGGAGCUCAACGGGGUUGUCUACACAGGUGUGCUUUUUGCACAAGCAGCUGCCUCUUCCUCCUUAGUAUCAAGCCACAGCACAGGGAUUGCUGGCCUGCCUGUGUCCCACACACCUACCUCCUCCAGCAAUCCGUCACCUUAGCAACGGCCAAAUCACACGCGUGUGUUCCACCACAGCUAGCGCCAAACUAUCUCCAAUACGAAGUGCACAAUCUCAGGUUAACAAAUCAAACCGGAGGUUGUUUUUUUAAAGUUUUUUUUUAAGCAGGUAGACUUCAGCAGCCAAGUAGAUGUAAGCCAGAGCCAGUAUAUUAAUAUAUGCAAAAACUUGUGAAUAAUUUAUUUUCUCUCAUCGUGUACAGAUUUUAUUGAGAACAAAAAAAAGGAAAAAUGCAUUGUUUUCGUUUCCACAUUGAAUUUCAUCUACUGACUGGUUUGGGUUUGAAGUAUGAUUAUCUUUUAUUAACUACACUUGGCAAAAGUAUAUAUAAGGUUUUAAAGUAAAUGUAAAUAUCUUUUAUUCUAGUACAAAAAAUUAGCUUUAAAGUUAUAUAUUUGUUCAGGACAUAGCAAAACACCUCACAAUUUAGUAACGCUUUUCAAUAUGGUUUUUGUGAUGAAGAUAGCUGAGCAAAAGGGUCUGUGAGAUAUCUUUCGUCACUUUCUUAACAGUAAGACACUUUGCCAGUCUUCUGUGCUACAAAUUUAAGCUGGUCAAAGUACUGCCAGCAAGACACAAGGGGGGCGCUGUGCACCCCUACAUUACUGUUCUGGAAAAACCCAAGCAGGGGACUAGAUUCUGUUCUCAAUGAAGUGAAGACACUCAGGACAGAGGGUGGGAGACAAGUCUUCACACUGAGUGUAUGGGAUGGGUAACUAAGCCAUGCUGUUGAUGCUGGAUCAUUGGGAUCCUUUAAAACCUGGUUUGACAAAGUUUUGUAAUCAAUCAGCUACUCCUGGUUUAAGUCUGUUUUGAACCGACUAAGGUUAUUGUAGGAUGUAUGAGCCUGUUUGUCUUCAACUGAUUACUUAAUGUAGUUGUGGAUGGGGGUAGCUGGCACAGUCAUUUUAGUAAUGCAUUAUAACAAGGUCAUUCUAAUAACCAGGACUGGGUGCCGGUACAAUCUCUCGUUACCUUUGGCUGGGUUUUCAGAGAUCAGGUCUCAAAGUUGAUAUUGACCAACCCCUGCCCUGUGUAUCAGGCAACUCUUAGUACACUAGCUAACAGAUGUAUACAGAGUUUUGGAGUUAUCUCUGUUAACAAUUUUUAAACUACAAAUUCAAUGCCAUUCAUCGUUUUACUAUAUGUAUUCCAACAUGUUCUGUACACGGGGCACAGUCAUUUUAUCAGGAACGUUCUCCAAUAGUGCCGUCUAGUUUGGCAAAAUGGAUAUUGGAGGGUGUUUUGUAAGGUGUAUGAUGGUUGGGACCUAAUGUGUCUUGUGACAAACCUCUAAAUAAAUGGUUUGAUUGUACAUAUUGAGGAGUGUUCUUAAUAAAGUGGCCAGAGUCUAUAACUGGAAGGUGCACGCCUGUAGGAGGCUUGUUUGCCUCUCGUUCUCUCCUCCCCACGGUAGCUAGGGAAACAAAUAAGUGUUAGUCUGGUACUGUUUUUUUUUUUUUAUCCUGGUUUGAAACAGCAGGAAAUAGAUAUUAUUCUCAGGGAGCUGUUGCUAGUCAGGAUUUACUGAAUUGGAGGAUCCUGAAACGUUACUUUUGAUUUUUUUAAUCAAGUAAAGAAAGGAUCUGUUUUCGCCUAGUUAUGUCAUAGUGGUCACAGCAACUAAAUAAAAUGUGGUCAACAAUCACUUCACUAGAUCUUAAUUGCUUUUAAACCAACAUACUAAAUUCAGGUAAAGAAAAUCACUCACAUUUUCAACACCAGUUCAAUAUACUGUUAGCAGUCUUUCUUCAUAUAAAAUAUAGUAGUUUUGCAUUAAGAGACUAAUAUACCGUAUUACUUCAAUUUUGGUGCUGCCCUUGAAUUAAAGACGCCCUCGUAUUGACGCCGCAGUCAUAUAU